GAUGAGUCAGUCUCAGAGUGGAAAAGGUCCCUUAGCCCACUUGAUUCUAGCAUCUACCGUCUCAGAGUCUCAGAACAUUUGGAUGUGCAAUCUUAGCGGCUUCUCGUGCCCUGCUGCGCUGUCUUGUCCUCGUCACCAUGGCUCAGUACCACUCGCCCCGGCCGCUGCCUGCCCCCCGCAAUCCUGGCUGCGGUCUGCAGAGAGGGCCAUAGCAUAACAUGAUCUGGGCAAUCUGCAACUAAGCGUAAGAUGCCAACAAGUUGUCAAAGCUGCAAAAGCAGGUUUAAGGAGAAUUUGAGGAGUCUUUUGUGGUAGGCAGUGAUCUAGAUACGUGCUCUGCUCCUGUGUCCACUGACCUGUUGGACAUGCUUUUGUUAAGGAAGGAAAUCUCCAAAGCUCUUUGGUGAAGCCAUCAUACAGUAGGUGCUGCUCAUUCUAGCAUCAUUUAUGGCUUCAUUAAUCAAGAAGGUCCAGGCCUCUGGUAGAUUGAUACGUGGCAGGACAACAAGCUGAGGACUCACAACUUGCCUUAUUGCUGCUGUUCCUGCGUUUUGCCUUUAGUACUAGAUGGUGACCUCUUUGCAGCUCGGCCUUAUUGUUUUAGAAAAUGUAUAGAACACUUGGACUUCUAGAGCAUGCUGUUAUGUAUGUUCUCUCACAAAGUUAGAGACUCCAAGGUAUCCAUAUCAUGCUUCAUCAUACUUUGUUCUGAGCCCCGUGUCCUGAAGCUGGAGACUGUAGAACUGGCUCAUUCUUUCUCAAGAUCUCUCCUAUUUUUACGGGAUGGUUCCAGAGCGUGAUGGUAGGCCCAGUAGUUUGUGAUGUCAUCCCUGACCCCACCCUGCGAGGGCGACAGCUCCACACCCAGAUUUUUUGUUGGUGCCCAAGAUGAUGAGACAGACUUUCUGGAAUCAAACAUGAAUCCAGACGAGGUUGAAUUCUAUGAAGAAGAUGAAGAUGAGGAAGAGACGCCUCCUGAGCGCCAGAUUGUGGUGGGAAUUUGUGCCAUGACCAAAAAGUCCAAGUCUAAGCCCAUGACGCAAAUCUUGGAGCGACUGUGCAAGUUCGAGUACAUUACUGUGGUGAUUAUGUCUGAAGACAUCAUCCUCAAUGAGCCUGUUGAAAAGUGGCCCGUUUGCGACUGUCUAAUCUCUUUCCACUCUAAAGGAUUUCCACUGGAUAAAGCUGUUGCUUACUCAAAAUUGCGCAACCCAGUCCUGAUCAAUGACUUGGAUAUGCAAUAUUUCAUCCAAGACAGGAGGGAAGUGUACCGAAUUUUGCAGCAAGAGGGAAUAGAUCUUCCUCGUUAUGCUGUACUUAAUCGAGACCCUGAUAAGCCAGAUGAAUGUAGCCUAGUGGAAGGCGAAGACCAGGUUGAAGUAAAUGGAGAAAUCUUCCCCAAACCCUUUGUAGAAAAGCCAGUCAGUGCAGAAGAUCACAAUGUGUAUAUCUAUUACCCAACCUCUGCAGGAGGCGGCAGCCAGCGGCUAUUCAGGAAGAUCGGCAGUCGCAGCAGUGUUUACUCCCCAGAGAGCAGCGUUCGGAAGACUGGAUCUUACAUUUAUGAAGAAUUCAUGCCAACUGAUGGUACAGAUGUUAAGGUGUAUACUGUUGGUCCCGAUUAUGCCCAUGCAGAGGCCCGUAAAUCUCCAGCUUUGGAUGGGAAAGUGGAGCGGGACAGUGAGGGCAAGGAAAUUCGCUAUCCUGUCAUGCUAACUGCCAUGGAGAAGCUGGUUGCACGUAAAGUCUGCUUGGCAUUUAAGCAAACGGUUUGCGGUUUUGACUUGUUGAGAGCCAAUGGUCAUUCGUUUGUUUGUGACGUCAACGGUUUCAGUUUUGUGAAGAAUUCUAUGAAAUACUAUGAUGACUGUGCCAAAAUACUUGGGAAUAUAAUAAUGAGGGAGCUUGCUCCACAGUUCCAUAUUCCCUGGUCCAUACCAACAGAGGCAGAGGAUAUUCCCAUUGUACCAACUACAUCCGGCACAAUGAUGGAGUUACGAUGUGUGAUUGCAAUAAUCCGGCACGGGGACCGCACACCGAAGCAGAAGAUGAAGAUGGAGGUCCGGCAUUCUAGGUUCUUUGAAUUAUUUGAACAUCAUGAUGGUUACAAAACAGGAAAGUUGAAGCUAAAGAAGCCAGAGCAACUGCAGGAGGUGCUGGACAUAGCAAGAUUGCUCCUAUCAGAACUUGGAAACCACAAUGACUGUGAGAUUGAAGAGCGAAAAUCCAAGCUGGAACAGCUUAAAACAGUUCUGGAAAUGUAUGGUCAUUUCUCUGGUAUUAAUAGGAAAGUGCAGCUGACCUAUCUGCCCCAUGGGCAUCCAAAGUCAUCCAGCGAAGAUGAAGAUGCUCGGAAGGAUUCUCCCUCUCUAUUACUAGUGUUGAAAUGGGGUGGUGAACUGACACCAGCUGGGCGAGUACAGGCAGAAGAGCUGGGACGGGCAUUUCGCUGUAUGUACCCUGGAGGGCAAGAUGGUAACACCCCGACUUUGGGCUGUAGCUCUCCUGUAGACUCCGGAGACUAUGCAGGCUUUCCAGGAUGUGGUCUCCUACGCUUGCACAGUACUUACCGCCAUGACCUGAAGAUUUAUGCAUCUGAUGAAGGACGGGUUCAGAUGACUGCGGCCGCCUUUGCAAAGGGUCUUUUAGCAUUGGAAGGAGAGCUUACCCCUAUCCUGGUCCAGAUGGUUAAAAGUGCAAACAUGAACGGCCUUCUGGACAGUGACAGUGACUCUUUAAGCAGCUGCCAGCAAAAAGUGAAAGCACAUCUCCAUGAGAUAAUGCAGAAGAAUGCCGAAUUCUCCGAGGAGGACCAAGAGAAGCUGGCCCCCACAAGCAGCACGUCUCUGAUUAACUCUAUGGAAUCGAUAAAGAAUCCUGUGAAAACGUGUGACCAAGUGUUUUCUCUUAUUGAAAAUCUGACAUCUCAGAUCCAGAAACGUCUGGAAGAUCCAAAGUCUGCAGAUCUGCAGUUGUACCACAGUGAAACCUUGGAGCUGAUGUUACAGCGAUGGAGCAAGCUGGAGAGAGAUUUCCGCAUGAAGAAUGGGCGUUAUGAUAUCAGCAAGAUUCCCGAUAUUUACGAUUGUGUCAAGUACGAUGUUCAGCACAACAGCACUCUUAAAAUGGAAGGGACAGAUGAGCUCUUUAAACUUUCCAAAUGGUUAGCAGAUAUUAUUAUCCCACAGGAAUAUGGGAUUAGCAAAGAUGAGAAAAUGGAGAUCGCGGUUGGAUAUUGUCUUCCUCUUAUUAAUAAGAUCCAGUUAGACCUGCAGAGAACUCAUGAAGACGAGUCUGUAAAUAAACUGCACCCUCUCUAUUCAAGAGGAGUCCUGUCUCCUGGACGUCACGUUAGAACACGCCUCUACUUUACCAGUGAAAGCCAUGUGCACUCCUUGCUAAGCAUUUUUCGCUAUGGCGGGCUCUUGGAUGAAUCCAAAGAUCAACAGUGGAAAAGAGCAAUGGAUUAUUUAAGUGCAGUCUCAGAGUUAAAUUACAUGACACAGAUUGUAAUUAUGUUGUAUGAGGACAACAACAAGGACCCAUCCUCUGAAGAGAGAUUUCAUGUAGAGCUUCACUUCAGUCCAGGAGUCAAGGGCUGUGAGGAAGAUGAAAAAGCCCCUAUGGGAUUUGGAUUUCGUCCAGCGUCGGCAGAAAAUGAAGAUAAGAAGACAGAUCAGGGGAGCCUAGAGGACUUAUCUAAGGUGAAAGGCACAGACGAUGUGGAUAGGUUCAUCUUGAUGUCACCACUUCCGUCAGAGCUGAUUAGCAUCAAUAGGAAAUCGCCCCUUACCCGUGCUAGAAAAACUGGGUCAAUGGAGGUGAUGAACUCCAAAAACACAGGGAAUUUGGACUUCAUGCCCAUUAAGGAGCGCCGGAGAAGAAGAUCAGGAGAACCCCAUCAUGUCCCAUGUACCACCACUCUACAGUCCAGAGCCAUGUCCAUCACUAGCCUGGCAUCAUGGCGACAGGUGCUUUCGGAAACCUCCUCUAAAUCUGGUGGCUACCGUCUAUUCACCUCUUACGCCAGGCAGCCCUCCGACAUGAAGCAAAGCGGUUUAGGAUCACAGUGCACUGGUCUGUUCAGCACCACAGUGCUGGGAGGCUCCUCCAGCGCUCCAAACCUACAAGACUACGCACGCAGCCACCGCAAAAAAAUCAGCGCCGCUGCCAGCCUGACUUACAAAGACGAACUGUUGUCUAUGCCAGCUGUAAAGCGAUUUUCUGUGUCGUUUGCAAAGCAUCCGACUAAUGAAUGCCUGGAAGACCACGAGGUCGCCCAGCUGCUGCGUCACUUUUCCUCUGAAUACCCUCAGUCUCGGAACAUCUGUCUGGAUGGGGCACUAGCCCACCACCUACACCAGUGCUACUACCACCUUCGUCUCUUCAAGAACUGGCUGAUUUCGGGCCAGGACGAUAUGGAGUGCCUCUACGGUUUUGAGGGGUGUUCUAUGGUUCCCACAAUCUACCCACUGGAGACUCUUCACAACUCUCUGUCACUGAGACAAGUCAACGAGUUUUUGACCGCCGUGUGUAAACAGUUUGCUGAGACCCAUUCAAGUGGAUCUGCAGCUGGAUGCGAUUCCAUGAUGGCCCGCCAUGCGCCUGGCGAUGCUUAUCUGCCUCACAGAAUUCUCUCCUCUUCGUCUCUUCCUCUGCGGCAGCGCUCAGAGCGGCCUCCCUGGUAUAGUAGUGGACCGUCCAGCACAGUGUCAAGUGCAGGCCCUUCAUCUCCUACCACUAUAGAUCUUUCAGCACGUUUCAACUUUAAUGAGAAGACUUCACUGACUGAAGAGCAGAGAAGAAAGUUGAACCUUGAUGACCUUUUUCAGUCUCAUCAUGCACAAAGUGAGGACACGUCCAGCAGCCAGGAGAUAUGUAAUGAGACAUCUCCAAAGGAGGAACCUCAAUUUCUUGAUCCCUCCUGUUUAUCACAGCAGUCUCUAUGGGACAUGGCAACGCCAUCGCAGCCAUGCAUGGAAGAUGAGAUGCAUUUUGGCACUGAACCACCAGGUGAAGCAUCACUGCCGAAUGAAAACUUUGCAAAAGAAACUCCUGCAACAUGGAACCUGGGCUCCGAUAACAGGAUACUUCAGCAGUCAGCUCUAGAUGAACAGAUUCAAACAGAGUUAUCCAUACAUGGGCAAGAAACCUCGCUGUAGGUCAAAUAUUAAAUAAGGAAAAGGCUACGCAAUUUAUGUAUGGAGGAAUGGAUCAAAAAGUAACCCAUACAGGCUCUCUACUGUACUCAUGAAUCCAUUGUUUUUGUGACUAGAUUGUAAUUCACAUGUUCCGAGUUAUGAUUGUUGAGCCGAUUCAGACAGACUAUAUUAAAUAUGGUAAGUUUUCAUAUGGUCUUUUACUGGCAUGAAGGAACUCCACAAAUGUCACAUUACAGCCUUCUGAACAUUUAAGUCCUUAAAUAGGAUUAUCCCUAAUGGUUCAACAUUAUUUGCUGAAACCAUGCUAAGGCAAUCUGACAAUCAUUCAUGCAUUACUAGAGAAUGGUUCAUUUAAUGCAGGGGACAAAAAGUCUGAGCGAUCAUCGCACAAUUAGAUUUCCACAAUUGAUUUACCACCUAUUAUUUUUAAUGUUGUAUCUUUGUUUUUAGCUGAAAAUGCUAAACUCCGUAAUAAUGGACUGGUGAGCAUAUGUUCAUAUGCACUUUGCAUUAGGAAAUUAUUUAUGUCCACUGUAACUGGUGGGGAACUGUUUCCACUGAUAAUGAUUCCAUGGACGUUCUAGACUUUGGCAUUUCAGUGUUCGUACCAGCAAGAUUUAAUCAGAGCAAAUGAAUUCCAUUUCACACCUAGAAAUUAUGAACUUCAAGACUUCCUCAUCUGAUAUCCUGAGCACCAGCCUAACUUGUCAGGCACCUAAUCGCUACACUAAGGACAAGAAGAUCUAUGCUACCGGAUGAGCGAAACGUCAUAUAUUUUUUUGUGAAUGAAGAUAAACAUAUAAUCAUGGACUUUUUUUAUGUGGCUAUAUUUGUUUUCUUGUUUUUCAUUUUCAUUACGUUCUAGCAUCAGUAAUUCUCUUACUGUACCUACGUUAUGUCCUGAUCUCAUCAUUGCUGAAAUGUAAGUGCAUGAUUACAUGAAUGGGAUUAGAUCCACAGUUUUCAAACUACUGAAUAUUGAUAGAUCUGUCUGAUGCUUGUCUACUGACCGCAGUAAUGUUAUUGAACACUAUUAAGUACAAUAUGUCAUGUGCUUAGAGAACCCCUUUAAGCUAUUUUUAAUUUCUUAGUCUGGCAUCAGAUGGGCCUCACUGAUAUAGAGGGGUUUAUCACUAUUGUUCUGCAUAUAUUGUCUGGCACUGACAUAUUGAGUCUAUAUUUCUCCCUCAUUAUGUGGUCGCAUCUUACCGCUUUUAAUGUUGAUAGAAAGUCAGUUUGCAGGCAAAAUAUUGUUUAAAGUCUUUAGAUUUAAUUGGAACUGCAGCUCAUGCCCAUGUGAGUAACAUGGAUUUACAAAGAAACAAAUUUGCAGGCCCUCUACAACGUACAGUAUCCACCUAACAGUUUGUAUUUUUGUGUCUCUACAGCGAACGUAUUUUCUAAGUCUGUGUCACUGCAGCUAACAUUUUGUAACUCUUUAACCCAGCAGCUCUACUAUUAAGCUAAUCAAAUGACAUUACUAUCAAUUUUAAUAUGGUUACUUUGUUCUGUAUUUUAUCCUGUUCCAUUGACCUUUUAAGUACAACCUUAAAUCACUUAUUGUUAGGAGAACCAGUCCAGGAAGACUAUAUUUUUGCAGAGCUUUAAGUGUUCUUCUGGCUUUAAAGGUUCAACGAAUUUGCACUUGUUCUUGUGGCUCAAUAGAUUGUGCCAGAAUAAUAAUUGUGUGUUUGUGAUAUUUUACACAUCCAUGGAGGAAUUACAUGUGUCCUGCCUACUGUAGAAAACUGAAUUUAGAAUAUACUGCCAGUGAUGUCUCUCUUUAGUACACUGACUGAUUUAUAUUGGGGAGUGAGAUGCAGCUAAGGCUUUAUAUUUUGUAUAUUAGAUUUUACAGGGUGCAUUUUAGUCCUGUUGAAUACUUGAAAAUGUCUACCGCAACAAGAACAUUUGCCUGUGUAUGGGUCCCGUUUGGUUUAUAGAACAAAACGUAUAUUUAGGUGCCAAAAGAGGAUGGAUAUUUUUAUUUUUAUUUAGAAAUUUCUUUAGUGCAUUUGUAAGAAAUAAGGGGAUGGUCACUGGGCAAGAGGAAAAUCUGCUGCCAAGUGCAAACCAAAACUAUAUGAAUUGCUUUGUAGCCUACAGCGCGACUUACCUGAACGCAUCCUGUCCUCUUAUACUUGAAGGUGAAUUAUGGCUACCGGUUUUGAUGGCGUGAAUUACGGUUUUAUAAACAAAACAUACAGGUACAUUUUUCUAUAAUAUUUUAAAUCUUCCUGUAUUUUUCUUUGUACAUGAUGAGAUAAACAUAGUAAACCACAUUUUACUGGUUUUCUAUAUAAUAAAAAUGUAAAACGUUACAUAAAGAAAAGGAAGUCAAUAAUAUGAACUUUCGUAAAAGCGGGAAACUGUGGCUGACAGUGGGAAAACAUAUUGCUGUAUUGGAUGUAUAAAAGGAAAAUGUUAUUUUUUAAAUAAUUUAUUAAACCUUAAAUGCAUUAUGUAUAGUAUAUGUACUGUAGAAACAAAGCUGUCUAUUGUAAGUAUUUAUCCAAGAUGUUUGGACCAUGUACCACUGUGCUGGAUACAGGCCAUUUGUAUCUGUCUCCUUUACUAUCUCUAUAUGUGACAGGUGGGUGUAAUGUAUUUAAAACCCUGAUUGUGAUCCAGAUGUAAUCACCUGCUGGGUGCUCUGGUUUUAUACAUCAUUGUGGAUUUUGUGGGGUAGUGUGGUGUAACUUUGUCACUUUAUAUUGAACUACUGUUUUUAAAUGUCUCGCUAUUGUGUGCAUACAAAUACAUGUGUUCUAUAUACAGAUUUUUUUUCCCCCCUGCUGUAUUCAUUUAUACAGUACAUGACCUUUCUUUAUUUGCAAAGAGUAUACAAUUAUAUGGAAACAAGGAAAAAUAUAAGGCUCCCUCUUGACUGUAUAUUCUCUGCCCAAAAGUGCAUUUAAAUGUAAUACUUCCAUAUAUGUUACUGUUCUUUACAAUGCUACCAUGGUACUGUAUAUGGUCAUGGCGGGGUAAGACCCCUGUCUCGUGCAACAAUAUCUAGACACAGUUCUAGCCUCACUUCAUUACCCCCAACAUGCUUCUCCCAUGUCAGUCUGGUCACUGACUGCUUUCUGCAGGAGCAGGUUCAGCAAUUGAUAGGGACAGAAGAUCGGACAGUUUCCUAAGUAAAGUUCUGUCUUGGGUGGCGGAAGAAGGUGAAACACCCAGGCAAUAUAAUAUCCACAUGAUGCAUAUAAUUAAUUAACGCCUUACACCUGCAUGGUUACUACCCUGCUAUAAUAAAAAAGUAACAUUCAGAAUAAAUGUAAGGACCUUCUGUCAUGCAACCAUUCUAAUGAUAAAAAUUUGUUUCUAAUUUAAAAGCUAGCAGGUCCUGUCACCUACUGUAUAUACCUACUAACAAAAAAAAAUUCUGAGAAGAUAAUGGUGCUUUGAUGCCAGACUUGCGUGACUUUCAGAAAAGUCAGCCUUGGAUGAUGAUAGCAAAGUGGAUGCUGCCUACAUUUCUCCGUUUUACAUGUGUUCAUAUUGUAGUUGUGUAUUUGAAAUUAAAUGCGUGGCCGUGGAAACACUUUUUCCAUCUCUGUGUUUCUUCACCAGUAGUCUUUACUGUUAAAUUGCAUAUUGAGGAGCAGCCUUUUUUUAGUCCUGUAUUUCCUGUCAGUGACUUAAUGGAGAAACCAGGAAGUGGCCAUUUUGGUGGCUUGUAGAGAUCUACAAUUAAAGAUGAAUUGAAGUGGGCACACUACCCACACACAGUGGGGGGAAAAAACUUUAACGGGCUGAAACAAUUAUAGCCAGUCAUUUGUACCUCAGUGUUGUCAUUAGUUCCUAGUGAGUUUAUAUAUUCUCGCUGAUAUAUGCUCAGCCCACCAAAGGGCUGCCUUUUCCGUGUUCCCAUUACAAGUUCAGUUUGAGUUCCGUUGUUGGGAGCCAUCUUUACAGUACGUAGUAAAUGCCACUCUCAGUAUGUGAUCCUUUCUAUGUUUUUUUAGAACUCGGCCCCCCAUGUUGGCAUCAGAGGAUUGUCUUAUUUACUUUUGUGCUUGCGGGCUAAAGAUGUCUUUGGCAACUGUUAUUACAUUAGUCAAAUUACUAAAAGCCAGAUAUGUGACAUACAGUAACCUGCUUUCCCUGUCUGGUACUGUAUUUCAAAAGCUUGCAUCAUACACAAAAUAAUACUGUAUGGGGAUCUCUACAGAAUACUACAAUGUAGUAACUUUUACACUUACUAUUGCCAUAUUUUUGUUAAAUUGGUAUUGUAUUGUAUACCAGGUCUAGCCUAAACAGUUGCCUAAACCAAAAGAAAGCCAUAUAUUUUUAAUGCACAAGUAUAUGAAAACUUAUUGAAAUAGACAUAUAUUUUUAAAAGAUAGUGUGGAAUCACCAAUUUUAUGUGUUUCCACAGUCCUUAAAUGGUUGAAAACCACUUGUCCGUUCACUGUAUGUCAUUCUGUAUUACAGUACGUUGCAGAUGGUACAGUAUUCUUCUUGAAAUAGCCCGCACACACCCUUUGGCAACCAUAGUAACAUAAAAAAUGGCUUAUUGUUGAAUUGCAUCACUCCUGUGUAAAAGCAAUAAAGUUGUGUUUGAAAGUAACAAAA